AUUUACUGCACAUGCGCAGAGAUGAUAUGCCUUGAUCGUCUGCUCUUGAAGCUCAAAACCUUCUGAGGUGGACGUUUAAGUAUUAGGAGGAUCACAAAGCUAAAGCUCAGACCACGACUCACAUACAAGAAUGAAAGAACAAAAAAGUCCUGAUCCUGGUGGAGAUUCUCCCAUACUGCACGACGGUGUUAUUGCAACAGCAGAUGACCCAUUGGCUAUAGCAGCCAUCCAGUCAGCUGCCACAUUCUCCACAGAUCAGCAAAUCAAGUAUCUUUUCAAAACUGAAGGAACAGCGGGGCAGGUAACGUACCGGGUGAUUCAUUUGGCUGAUGGACAGGUAGAAGGACAGGCAGAUGGGACUGCUGCAGUCAGUGUGGUGGCGGGGUUUCCUACUGCAACACAGGCUCCACCUGUAACCCAGGCUAUGAUCUCUCAUUCUGAGAGUCUAGAGGGAGAGGCAUCUGAAACUCAGUACUACUACCCUGCCACCAUCACUGACACAACUGCUGGUACCAUGGUAACCAAUGUCCACACAGCUGAUACGAUACUAUCUCAGCCCACCCCUACAGGUCAACUUUAUGUGAUGAUGUCACCUCAGGAAGUUCUAGCCACAACUCAGCAGAGUAAGCCGGGAACUCAGCGUGGCUCCAGGGAUGACAAGCGGAAGGCUCAACACAAUGAAGUGGAACGUAGACGCAGGGACAAGAUUAACAACUGGAUUGUCCAGCUUUCCAAAACCAUCCCAGACUGCAAUGUGGACUCAACUAAGAAUGGUCAAAGUAAAGGUGGGAUUUUGUCCAAGGCAUGUGACUACAUCCAGGAGCUUCGUCAGAGCAAUGCACGACUGGAAGAUGAGCUUAAUACUUUGGCUAGACUGAGGAUGGACAAUCAGCUUCUCAAGCAAGAGGUGGAAGAGUGGCAAUCUAAGAACCAGAUGAUCAGGACUCAGUUAAGACAGCAUGGCAUAGUGGCAGCAUCAAUGGACCCUCAGUGAAGGACUAAAGAUCCACCAUAAGAUAUCUCCUACUGUGGUCUAGUCAUGAAUUCUGUUUAAACCGGUUUGAAGUAAGAAAUCAUUCUGUCUGUGGCCAAUCCCACAGCCUGUAAUCUGAAUGACUACAUUUGAAGUCUGAUUUGCCUUUGAAAAAUAAGUGGUAAAUUAUUAAUUUUUAAAGCUCCUGAACAUGGCCUUGAUUUCUCUUCCCUUUCUCAAAUGUUUAACUUCACAUGCAACCUUUUAUUAUUUCAGAUUAUUUUCACAGUGAUUUAUUAUUUUUAUUUUUUUACUGCACUGAAAUAGUGUAUAAUUGUUGCAUAAUCUGUUUUCAGAUCUGUACAUUUUGUUUUCAGGACUACUGUAGAGGUAUGUUUCAUUUGCUUUUUUAUUGUAAUGUAUAAAUCAUGGUGACCUUCAUUAUGUUUUAUUUGA